UGUUGAUGACGAUGCACUCGGAAGCUUCAAAGGGAACGGGUAUGGCAUUAGCAGCCCUGCGCCUCUGUGACGGUGAAGUGGUGGACAACUCCCCGAAUCACAAUGAACGGCCCAACGACAAGCGGUGGACAAUUCCCCGAAUCACAACGUACGGCCCAACGGCCUGGAACCCGAUACUGGGGAAGGUGUUGGUAGUCGACCCCGACACGGGUGUGGCGACAGGUGCCGCCUUUCAUUACCAUUUGCCCGUUGUUGAAGCUGGCAAGUGGGCGAUGGAUUGCAGACGUUGGACGGGUGAUGCCGACGUCGGUUUCGACGACGCUGAUGACAAGCACGACGGACAGCUGCAUGCACGGCCCCAUCAAAGUCAGCAAGCGCAAAGCAUGCAAUCAUUCACCACCACGCGUCAGACCCCAUCGACCAUGCAACAUCCGUACUACCCCACACGUGCUGCUUCUCCGCCGACGCCCUUCGGUGGAGGGUGUGUUGGGCAGUCUCCGGAGAGCAUGCACGUCGGCGUUCCGCGUGGUGGUCCACAGCCACGGGACAUGCGGGCGGACGGGGGUUUCGCCGUACGUGAUCAUCCUCUGUCCGUCCACGAGCAGUUCGAUUUGUAUGCAGCGAGGGCAUACGUAGAAGGCGCGAGCAUGGCUGGGGGCUUCGGCAUGCCGUCAACGCCCACACAGAGCAUGCCCAUGGGUGGCAGGCAUUGGUCUCCCCAAUGCAGCCAGGGCGCAGGGAGGUUGUUCGGCUCACAGUGUUCUCCAUCUCCAGCGGGGGGCGUUGACACGGAUGCCUCUUGGAAUCGGCCGAACACAAGGCCUGUGUCCAGCGAGACUCACGUGGAAUCAGCAUUCAAUGAAGGCACAAGCAGCUUCGAAGCAGGCGAGGAAGAUGUUGAGGCAGAUCAAGGAAGUGUCGUUCCCAUGGUCGCAAGUUCGACGGGCGGGCAGGGUGAUGUUAACGGUCAGGGUGCGGGGGGUGGAGCGGUCGGCGGACAACCUCACCGAUUCAAGCAGAGGAAAGACCGGUACGCAUGGGUGAAUGACAGGAUGGUGGACGCUGGCAUCAAGCACAGGAGCGGUGAAGACUGCCGCAAGAAGUGGUUGAACAUGCUAGUGACGGGCAAGCUCAUCGUCGAAAAGUGUGAAGCGUCUAGACAGCCGUCGUAUUGGGAUAUAUCUGUGGAGGAACGAAAGGAGAAGAGUCUCCUGCUUUCUUUUGAGAAGGCUUUGUGGGACGCUAUGCAGUGGAAGCUAAAUCAGUCGUCGAUGAGGUGUGACAAUACGCUGGCCUCGGAGAACCUUGAGGGCGGUGUAAUAGAUGCAACGCCGGCGGGAGGACCGGACGGAAGAUGCAUGGAGGAGUCAGACAAUUCUGCUAAAUCGAGGCGGACAGCCAGCGGGAAGGCGAGAAAGGAAGAUGCCGACAGCAGCGUCUCGAGUUUCGGGAGGGCCAUGGAGGAUUCAACUCGAUCUUACUGCGAUGGCCUGGACAAAGCGGCCACCACCCUUGCCAAAGCUACCGCAGACGCGGGCAGUGCAAUCGCUGCUCGGAUAGGGGACGUGGCCGAAGCAAUGCGUGGUGGCAACAGUGUUCUAGAGUUGCUAGUGGGUGUUCUCGCUCGGAGGGGGGCCAGCGGAGGUGACGGCAGCGAAGGCCAUCGGUAUACGGACCCUUUGUCGAGGUGAUUAGUUUUUUUAUUUCAUCGUGUUUGCGCCUUGAUAACUUUGUGUAUAUAUAUAUACUAGCUAAGCGCCCGUGGUGCGGGCAGUGCGGGCAAUGCCUGCAAAAAAAAAAAAACCAACUGCUAAAUUUCAGCAUUGUUAACAAAUUCAAGGAACAGAA